AUCACUCUAGAAGCAGUAGCAGUUUCAUUCUGCUCUCUCAGUCUGUCCUGUGAAGAGGCACGCCGUUGCUGCUCUGUGAUUUGAAGCAGCAAAAGCCAUGACUUCAGUAUGCAGUCUAUGUAGAGCAGUCUAUGCACUGCUUAUCAUCCUGUGCAAUGUUUGGUGCUUGAUCAGUGGAGUUUCUGUGGCAGUCCCAGAUGUUGCUGUGAGAUGUGCUGAAGAAGUGCUGCUGCCCUGUAAAGUUCUUCGGGACUCCUCAAUCACCUACCAGACAGCAUCUUGGUAUAAGAUGGCUGCAGAUGGCAAAGGAAGAGCAUGGAAAGUCCUUGAUGUGGAAUCUCAUUAUCCAAAAGAAUUUGGGGGGUCCCUGGAGCUAUCCAAUGACACCUUCUUUUCACUGAGGAUCAAAAACGUGACCAGCCAAAACAGCGGGACAUAUAAGUGCGCUGUGGGGGAAGAGACUGGAGAACACAAUCUGAGCAGCACAGUCACAUUGAAAGUAACAGGUUGCCCUGGAAUAGAAGAGGAAAAAUUUAAAAAAUACAAGGCUGAGCUGUUCAUGCUGACUUGCCUUGGGAUUUUUUAUUUGCUGCUCAUCCUUUUUACCUGUACAUGUCUAAGAAAAGAAAGUAUGUCUCCCAAUAAUCAAAAAACCAGUCCAGAUAUGAAACACAUGCUCACCCUCAUCAAUGUACAUGAAAUUACAACCCUCCGGGAUUUAAACAGCAACAACACUUGCAAAAAUGAGCUCACUUCAAGUUCUGUCUAAGCUGACGUUGACAGCACCGUGGGCUCAUCAGUAAAAACACCACCAGCUGGAUGGCCGAGUGGUACGGAGAGGAAAUAAAUGCUAAUAUAUGGCCUCUUCAGAACCGCCUGAAAGUAUAGAUAACCUGUCAGCGAUCUGCUUGCGCUGGACAAGCCUUCGAAAAGCACUGUUACGCACUACAGUAACUUUUGGGAGUUAGGCAGCUAGGAAUUACCAUUACAGCUACACAACGGUGUUAUGAUGCUGUUAUGAAGUUGGCAUCAACUUUGUUUCACUCUGCUGUGCAGCCCUCUUAGUCCGAUCAGGAACAUACCUGUGAUACAAAGGCGAGGUUAUAGGGAGGCCAUAGCAGUGCAAAGCUGCAGGAUUAAGCUCUUCACUGAACUAACAGCUCUCAUCUUUCAAAAACACAAUAGGUGCUGCAGUAUGGAAAGAUAAGUGUGUGGGGCUGUCUCUGCUCCAUACGUUGAGCCUGAUUCUGGUUGGACUUCCUUUACUGCAAACAGGAUGUAUCUUGUCAUGUGAUGUUCAAGUAAGCUGAAGAAGUAACCAUUCUCUUCUCCUGGGUGAAUCAAAUCAACAUUUCUUUUUAAACCUGAGAGUGACCGAUGGGCUGAAAUGUAAGAAGGGAGAAAAUAUUCUGGAAAUCUUUGUGGACCAAGAGGAACUUUCUUAUCUCUGCAAGAGAGGUAGGGAUGCAUUUGCAUAAUGGGUCUGUCGGUUAUUUCCCAGAGGCAUCUCCAUAGGAAUCCAUAGGUCAAUCCAUAGGAAGUUUCAACAAAACUGUUCACCUUAAAUCAACGAAAGUAAGAAUGAAGCAGCCUGUGACAUUAAGGACAUGUAAAGAUGGCUUAUUUUGUGGUUUAUAAACAUGAAGCCAAAUGUAUGCAACACCCAUUCAGUCAAGUUAUGCAAGUGACGACCAAAGCCAUGGCUUGGAAGAAAUAAACCAUCUGUAUCUUUGGGAUGAGUUAAGUCAGCCAUGAGAUAUAGGAAUGGAAGAAGGGGCAUGUGAGCACCAGUUUUUGGUGCUGACAGUGUGUAGUAUAUACACAAUAUACAGGAGAGAAGCCUUGUCCUCUGGGACCAAAGAAAGCAAGAUGGAUUCUGGAGUCUGAAAUCAAGGCAUGUCCCUUAUCAAGCUUCUGGUGCAGAAGGGGAAGCAAGACGAGUCUAGAGUGACUACGGGUGGUUAUGCCACAACAUGAGAAUCUGAGCCAAAACUUGAGAAUUUGCAAAUGCUUAAGAACACAUUCUUAAAAAAGAAAAAACCUUCAAGAAUUAAACAGCAACAUUAAUUUUUAAUGCAGUUUGGUAUUCGAGGCUGUGACAAGGAUGCUUUUUCUGUAAUCCUUUGACUAAUUGUGAAGCACUGAUGGGAAGGAAAGCACUGUGCAUCACUCAGUACUGCCUCUGUGAGCAGGGUAGAUGUCUCCAUUGGUGGAGUCCAGGGGGCUUCUGACCAGAAGAAUGGUUACAAGGGAUAUGCAAUUUACUUAAAGCAUGGUAAAUUAAUGCCACAUUUGCUUUUUUGUAAUCAAUUUUUACAUAUAAAUAUGUGUAACAUACUUGAAAUAAAAAUUUGGAGGUAACCUACCAUUUGUUUUUGUGUGCCACAUAUGGCAAAUAAACCCAGAAAUACUCCGUA